GUGCUAAGCAGGUAUGUUUGGUUUCUUGUUUUUUUUUUUUUUAGUUGAAGGUACCUGCGGCAGCGCGGGUGGACCGGGGAAGAUGUGACGGGCUGGUUUGUCGGAGGGAAAAGAUGGAGGCCUGCUUUUUGCGCUGGCUGCUUUUAGUCGCGCUGACAGCCUGGACGUCAGGAGACGACGGACAAGUGACUUUUGAAUCCGAGCUGUCGUCCAAACCCGCUCAGAAGUUGUCAAAGUAUGGCUGGUACGCCAACGUCAGGCUGCAGAGGUUCCACAUCCCGGAGCAGACCGCCGUCGCUCGCUGGCUCUUCUCAGUCAAGAAGGGCCACAACUUCAACUGUGGGCAGCACAACGUCAGCAUCCACCUCCGAUGGGGCGCCCCUCCCGUCAUAAACCCAACAGAGACUGUGUUUCCAAACGCGACUCUGUGGGGUCCUUCCUUGUCCCUGACUCUCCCGGUAACCUCCCAGAGCUCCACAACCUUUAACCUCUCUGAUCCGGCUCCAGGAGAUUGGUUCGUCGCUGCGCAUUUACCGGAGGACGACGGGCGCAUAGAGCAGAAGGGUUUUCCGUCCUGCUCCUAUUACUUCCAGCCUCAGCUGUCAGUCAGGAGAGCGGCGGACACGCCCGUUCUGCACCAGGGAACCAUCCUGACUCAGACCGCAGCCCCCGACAAACCCGCACGCCUCAAGUUGUUUGUGCCGGAGUUCACCUCGUCUGUCUCGGUUUCCGUGGCCGGGUGCUCGUCCGACGAGGCGUCGGAGAGCCCGGGCUGCUCGCUGCUGCUCAAGCUGGGCUCGGCGACCCUGCAGCACGGUCAGACGGAGCUGAACUGCUCCGGGUUCAGCUGCUCCGCUUCCCUCUCUAACCCUCCGUGGGACUCGUGGCUGCGGAUCGUUGUGGAGAGCAGCCAAGUCAACCGAACUGUAACCUUCAGCAUUGGAUCCAACUACACAGUGGGAUGUAAGCCAAAGAGCGUGGGCCUCACAGCGGACGAUGACAUCACAAAGCUACUCGGCAAGAGCAGCGUCUCCAACUCCACGGCGACAGGGAACGGCUCGGCUCCUCCUCCUCCGCCGCCGGCGUCCGCGUGCGUGUGGAGCGUCCCCGUGCUCUACGAGGAGCUCGACGUCCUGUCGCUGCGGUACACCCCCGUCAACGGCUCCAACGUCAGCGUCGCAGAAACGCACCCGACGCUGCUCACCUACCCGCUGCCCCCGCAGGCCACCGGGGGAACGCUCAACCUGCAGCUCACGCUCAAUUCUACUAAUGCAACUUUGGGAAAUAACAGCAUCAUGGCCUGUUUCUCUGCCUGGGCUCCAGUCCUCCAACUCAACCAUUCUGAACCCUGCAGAACAGCUUUGUUUGGGGGAUACGCCGUCGGGAUCAAUGUCAGCGUCCCUAAAGCUGUGGUCAGGCUGCCUUUUCCUCAGUCCUCAACAUGGUACCUCACCCUGCAGCUGCUGUGCAACAGCAGCGACUGCGUUAACUCCUCGGUGGUGUCUGUGGUCCCGGAGGUGUCCGUCAGCGCCUGUGUGGAUGACUGCGGGCCGUAUGGUGAAUGUAGGCUGCUGAGGUCCUACACAUACCUGUACUCUGCCUGUGUCUGCUCCGCAGGCUGGAGAGGUUGGGGCUGCACCGACGGCUCCGCCGCUCAGUCGUACGCCCGCCAGCUGACGGCGACCAUGUUGCUGACGCUCAGCAACCUGUUCUUCCUGCCCGCCAUCGCGGUCGCCAUCAGACGCUCCUACAUCACCGAGGCCUUCGUCUACCUUUUCACCAUGUUCUUCUCUACGUUCUACCACGCCUGCGACCAGCCAGGCGCGGCGGUCCUGUGCAUCAUGGACUACGACGCCCUGCAGUACUGCGACUUCCUCGGCUCCAUCUGCUCCAUCUGGGUCACCAUCCUCUGCAUGGCUCGCCUGGGAGACACAGCCAAAUACACGCUGUUUCUGCUUGGGGCCUUGCUCAUAGCCAUGUCGAUGCAGCUGGACCGUAAGGGCCUGUGGAACCUGCUGGGCCCCAUCCUCUGUGCCAUACUUCUCAUGGUCACUUCCUGGGUGUACAGGGGCGUCCGCCGGCGACACUGCUACCCGCCCUCCUGGCGCCGCUGGGUCUUCUACCUCCUGCCCGGAGCGCUGUGCGCCCUCAUCGGAGUGUGCCUGUACGUCUUCGCCGAGACGGAGAGCAACUACUACUACACGCACUCGCUGUGGCACAUCCUGGUGGCCAGCUGCGUGGUGUUCCUGCUGCCGCCGGAGGAGAAGGACAGGAAGGCGCUGGGCUGGAGCCGGGGCUUCAGCUGGAGCUGGAGGUGGAGCUGGAGGCCGCGGAUGAGACCGCCGGUACCCUGAGGUAGCAGACCAGUACAGCUGUGAGCUAUAAAGCAGGAUUAAUGCCUAAACGAGGUUGUUGAAUUUGAAGUAAGAGUUUCACAUUUGAAGAGGUGGAUAUUAGCUGGUCACUGUAGCAACAUGAGAUAAGAUAAGUAACCAGCAUCAGACAAAUUUUAUAUGAGAGUUUCUGAUCAAAGUACUUUUGUUCUCCAUCAUCUUGACCGACAACGUUAAAAACAAUCAGUCAUGUACUAUUUUUACCCGUCAAACUAUAAUCAUAUUACCAUCAGCUAUUUGGCCACAUUUUUAUGCAGUUUAGUUGAACCGUGAACGCAUCUUAACUUUUUUCUCCUUUGUGACAAAAAUCCCUGUUGCCCCGAUAACGUCCAAUAAAUUAAAGAACUCCGCUUAAAUUACGGUCACUUCGCCCGCUGGGGUCUGAACGCGCUGAGUCUCACAGAUUCCUCCUGGUUCGAAAUCUGCGCAGGUUCAUCGGUCAGUUGGAUCUUGUGUGAUCCAAACCGAUCAACUGAACUCUGCACGUUUUUUUUUUUUUUUUACCCUGUUCUGUCCGGGCGUGUGCUUUUACGAUGACCUUUUAUGGGUCGUCUCUCUUCCCCGAAACGGACAAAUGUUGCGUCCGCCGCUCUCCUCUCGGGCGCGGGAGGGUAACGCGCACCCAGAAAGCUCCUCUCGUUGGACGAGUUGAGGAGGAGUUCAGUUCAACUCUUUGCAGCCGCGGAGUUCGCAGUGGUUGCGCUCGCCGCGCAAGACAAACUGCCUAGCUCCUCAAAAUCCCGAAGAUACUCGGUUAUUUUGAUCUGUGCCGCAGAAAACAAUUUUCUUUUCAAAAUUUGUACGGCCUCCUCUUAGUUCAUUUUAAACAGCUCACUAAUAGGAACACCGGUAGUUUAUUCUUAGUGCAAUCACUGAUUGGAUCGAUCAAUUUAAGGCUCAGCAAGUCACCCAACUGGACCAAUCGAAUUAAAAAUCAUCUGGUGCAUCUCUGUUUGUAGAGAUUAUUGUUUUUCGGGUUUUGUUUUUUUUUUGUAUUUAUGGAAUUUAUUAGAUGUGCUGGUCUAAAAUAUUUAUCAAUGAUAUUGCUUAAUCUUAAAUCUCCACAAAGAUGUUGUAUUUAUGAAUGAUGUGUUUUUGUUUUCCCCCCUAUAGGUCUGGGUUCAAUUGGAAGAGUUUAAAACACCAGAUGAAAUUUGAACAAUUAUUUACUGCCAGGCAGGUACUAUAACACUAUCGAAUUUGUCCUGUAUUCUACGGCAUUCCUCGAAAAAUGACGACUCUGAUUACACCUCACCUAGCGGCAGGAAGCUGCUGCUGCUCAUCACAAUCACUUAUUGUCUUCACACAGCGUCAGAAUUCUGACAGUCACGUCUCGGCGUCAUGGCUGCAGAUCAGAACAACCUGGACGAGGAAAACGAUGAGGAAAACGUACAAAGAAAUCAGAUUUACCGAGUCCGUUAUUCGGGUAAGAUGGAGACUUUCUGAACCUUCCGGAAAAGGCAAUGACAAAAAAUGCAGCAUCUUUUUUUUUUUUUUUUUUUGCUGUUUUAGACCCAAGAUAACACAGGGCUUUUAUCUGAACUCAUGCAUCUUCAGUAAAAUGACUCAUGAAUUUGGAGUAAGAGUCUAGAGGCAGCCAUGACGCCUGGUUACGACCUUGUAUCUGCCGCAGAUUUCUUUUAAAGCUGCAAGCCAGACUUUUUAACAACUUUCAUUCGAUGACCUUUCACAUUUUGACUGUGGUAGGUCACGCAUACCGAACCUGUCGAGGUCAGUUGUUCUCUUUGUUAUGCCUUUUUACUGUAAACCGUUUCUUUGUAAAGAAGAAAAUGCCCGGCCUUGUUGAGGCACACAUCUCUGGUGACAUCACAAAAGACAUCCAAUCAGAGUUCUUUUCCUUUUCUUAAAAAAACCUAACUCGUUUUUAAACAAGUUGGAGUCCAACUCACCUGUGUAGCUAUGCAUCAAGCUAGAGAGCUGGCUAGCAUAGCUUGCUAGCUAACUAGAUUUAACUAGCUUUCACUAGCUAAACCAUUUUAGCUAGUAAAUACAGCUAGUUUUUACUGACUAAAUCUUUUUAGCUGGUAAAAAGAUUUGUUCUUUUAACUACCAAAGUCUUCCAGCUUGCUAAAUCAGACUAGCAAGCUAAAUUAUAUGAAGUUCUGUUUUUUUUGUUUAUUACCCAGCUUUGUUUUUAUUGUCGUGUGUAUUGAACAUGACCGGGUGGGAAUCUUCUGCUUUGAACGAUCUGUGGAAGUAAAAUGAAGAAAACGUUUUCUGUUCGUCUGCAGCCCAAAACAACUCUUUAAGUUAAUUAGAUGUUUGUUUUCCAGUUUCGGUGUGACAUAAAACACUCGUAUGUAUAAAUCAGCACUCAGUGAAUGUAUGCAAAUAUUACUGGCCAGUGCCUCUUCCUUUUGUCUUUUUUUAUUUAUUUUUUUAUUGCACUUUAUGUACUGUAUAGGAGCUCUGUCUGCAGAGGGGGCGGGUCUUAGUCUCUUGUUCCAGUAAAACUACUGACAUCCUGUUAUAUUUAAUCCAAAACUCAACAAUCGUCUCAUGUUUCUUUGAUCGAGUCUUCUCUUAAAUCUUCCAUUUCUCUCUGUUGUGACUUUGCACACAUUUUGCCCUGAUUGUUCAAGACCUUCCUUUUAUUUAACUUUGUCACUAAGACGCUGGAAUAUGAGGAGGGCAAAAACUAACUGACCACUGUGACUUACCGUCUUUGUUUUGUUUUUUUGUUUUUCUCAUCAAAGGAUAGAAAAUGUGAUUCUGUUUCUUGUCAAAAUGGAAUCGAGCCUUGGAGAAAUAAAUCUACUGUGCAAGAAGAAAAGAUUAA